GAGCAAAAAAUGAACAUGAAACAAGUGGAAAAAAGCUGGUUCUCAUGGCGAUUGUCCUGUCUAGUGGUGGUGGUGGUGGUGUUCAUAUCCAUGACAGAGUCGGUGACAUCACAAUCUAACAAUAUAAAUAGCACUUUUAUAAGAGAUUAUUGUAGUUUAUAUCGAGGUAUGAGCGAAAAGUAUUUCUUGAGCAACCUUAACACCACCCUCUCUAGCCUCCGCCAGCAGUUAUCUGUAAACGGUGUUCGUUAUGCUGUUGCACGCUCUUUGCUCAAUGGCGAGUCCGUGUGGGGACUCGCUUCGUGUAGAGAAUAUGUCUCCAAGGCCAAUUGUGUUGCGUGUUUUGACUAUGCGAUCGCUCAGCUGAAAAAAUGUGGGCUUGGCAAUGGUGCUCAUGCUUUCUACAAUGACUGUGAUGUCAGGUACGAGAAUAAUAACUUCUAUGCUGAGGCAAAUAUUCGGGCUGGUGUGGUAAUAUGUGGCAACAUAACGUCACUUCAUCCAAAAGAUUUUCGAAAAACAGCUGAAAGGUUGUUAUCAGACCUUCGAACUGCAGUGCCCAGAAUAUCAAAUUUCUAUGCUGCAUCUACAAGACGAAUUGCCAAUGGUAAUGGUACUAUAUACGCCAUUGCACAGUGUAAUUUAAACUUAAGCCAGAGCGUUUGUGAAGAUUGCUUGAACGCCAGAUAUGGUUCUUUAGAUGCUUGUCUUCCUAGUACUACAGGGCGAGCUAUUGACAAUGGAUGUUUUAUGAGGUAUUCUCAGACUCGAUUUUUCGGACAAAACCAGACGACCAAUAUUACACCUUUCCUUUGGGAUGGAGAUUCAAGCAAGAAGAGAUCCAUAAUCGGGGGAGUUGUUGGAGGUGUAUGUUGUCUGUUGCUGGUGAUACUUGCACUUUUUAUUUGGCAUCACAGAUCAAAGAAAGCAAGUAGUGGCCAACGAGAUAAAUCAACUCGAUCAACAGAGUUGCUGCAAGGACCAGCAAGAUACAGCUACAAUGAUUUAAAAAUAGCCACGCAUAAUUUCAGUGAUGAGUGCAGACUAGGAGGAGGGGUGUUUGGUGAAGUAUAUAAGGGGACUUUCAAGGAUGGGGAUACAGUUGCAAUAAAGAAAACUGUUAUGGGUUCUACUAGAGGAAAGAUACACUUUGAUGAUGAACUUAAGAUCAUAAGUAACGUUCAUCACCGGCAUCUUAUUCGUCUUCUUGGAUAUUGUAGCAAAGGGCCACUCUUAUUUCUUGUCCAUGAGUACAUGGAUAAUGGUAGCCUUGAUCAAUUCCUCUAUGGCGACAAAUCAAGCAACCUAAGUUGGAGACAAAGAUUUGAAAUAAUCUUUGGGACAGCAAGGGGUCUUGCAUAUCUACAUGAACAGUACCAUGUUACCAUCAUUCAUAGGGAUAUAAAAACCAGCAACAUACUACUUGACAAUGAACUUCAGCCCAAAAUUGCAGAUUUUGGGCUGAUCAGACUACUACCAGAAGAUAAGACUCAUCUCAGCACCAAAUUGGCAGGGUCCUUGGAUAGUGGUUUUGUGGCUCCAGAAUAUGCCAUUCAUGGGCAAUUAUCUGAGAAAGUAGAUACAUACAGCUUUGGCAUUGUGGUACUCGAAAUCAUAAGUGGGAAGAGGUGCCAUGACAUCAUAGAUGAUAAAUCAAUUCAUCAAAGUCUCCUUGAUCAUGCUUGGAAUCUAUAUGAGAGUGGCACACAUUUGAAUCUAAUUGAUGACAGAAUAGACCCCAGUGAAUAUUCAGCAGAAGAUGCAAUGAAAAUCAUAGAGACAGCAUUGAUGUGCACUCAGUCACCGGUUUCUGCAAGGCCUGCAAUGUCUGAAGUGGUUGCACUUCUAAGUGAUAAAUCACUAGAUGAAACUCCACCAGUAAGGUCUACAUUUCACGAAGAUGAUGUAAAGAUUCAAGUCGAUACCUCGAACUCGUUGGACUCCAAUGCCACUGCUUCCACCAUUCAAGUUUCUGGUCGUUAAACCUUCACUUUAUACCACAUUCCUGGUUAUAAAUUGUAUAAAUAUAUAGAAUAAGAUCAUCACCAAUGCUGCCGAAUAACGAAUAUUAAUAGCUGUUGUGUCCCCAAAUUUUAAACUUCACUUUCUCCCAUCUCUUUUCCUAAUUUUACAGCUCUUAAUGAAUAUCUAUAGCUGUUGUGUCCCCAAAAAAAG